AUGGACCGAGAAGAGAAAGAAAGACAGCGUAUACUGUCGAUUUUACAAGAGUCUGACUCUGAGUCUGCGUUGUCAGACCAGGAGUGUAUUGAGGAAGAUCAUUUGAGUGAGCGUAGUCAUCCCAGUGAUACAGAGCAAGAAAUCUCAGAGUCUGACGAUGAUGACAUUACGCUAUCUACGCUGUCGCAUAGAAAUCGUUCGCCACAGUUGGAAGAACAUUCUACAUUUGGAUCGACUUCGAGCUUUUAUCGUGGCAAAGAUAGUACGAUUUGCCGAGAUGUCAUUAUAAUGGAAGACACUGAAAAUAGUUCAGAUGUGAUCCAAGCUAAAAUUGAGGAAGAACAAAGUGAUAAUACCACAGAGGACGAAGAAACUGUUAUCAACUCUUCGGAUGUCACAUACAUACCAGAUGAAACAGAAAGUAGUUCUUCAACCUCUGAUGAAUAUUACAAUGUGCUCAGUGAUACAGAAGUACUGCCUGAUAAGCCUACUGUUUUGGAUAAACGUCAGAGGAAGCAACCAGAUAGAUUUGGAUUUAUUAACAUUUGCAUAGAGAGUGUUGGUGAUAAAAAUUUAACCUAUGAAGAUGUCAUGAAUGGGAUAGAACGUGUACAAUGGUGUAAAGCAAUGGAGGAGGAAUUGCAGUCAUUUCAAUGUAUUAAAACUGAAUUAAGAUUUAAAUUUAAAAUUAAAGAUCAUGGGGAGAUUAGACAUUGUUCAGGCAUGAGAGUUAGAAAAGAAAAUAAUGUAAUUAGUAUAGACCAAGAACAUUUUGUAGAGGAGUUAUUGAGGAAAUUUAACAUGAAAAAUUGUAAUACAGUAAGUACACCAAUGGAGGUAAAUUUAAAGCUUACAAAAGAAAACACUUGUCCCAAUAUAUCUUAUGCUGUUUGCUAUCUUAUAUUAUUUUUAAAGUACUUAAAGAAAACAAAACAUUUUGGUUUGAAAUAUGUCAAAGAUGAUCUGGAUAUAAUUGGGUAUGCUGAUGCUGUUUGGGCAUCUGAUAGUUUAGACAGAAAAUCCUAUACUGUAUUAGGUAGUCCAUUAAAA